GGUUAGCUCUUGAAACCACCACAGUUAAAAACGUCCGAUAUUGUUGUAAUUUAACACUGAUUGUCCUUGGAAGGCCGUCCGAUGGCCUUUACAAACGAAGAUUAUUUGCCUAGUCAUGAGGAACUGACAGUUCCAGAGCUUCCGUUGACAUCGUCUGUCCUUAGAGCAAGCGGUGUGUUCUUUGGAAAAUACUGUGAUAAUGCAUCGAAGGAGUUCAUGCUGUGUGUUUCAGAGGAGAAAGAUCCAAGGAAAUGUAUAAAUGAAGGGAAGGAAGUAACGAGGUGUGGAUGGGAAUUUUAUAGAAAUCUGAAGAAGAACUGUCAGGAGGAAUUCAAUGUGUACCAUGAUUGUGUGGACAGGAGCGGUUCCAGUAUGGAUAUAUAUAGGUGUAGAAAACCACAAGCCCCUUUUGACCAGUGCAUGAAAGAAAAAAUGAAUAUGGAAAGGCCCCCUAUAGGUUAUUUUUCUCGUGCUAGAAUACAUCACACUAAAAGAGAAAUACCCAAGUUGAAUGAGGAAGUUCUACCUGAGAAAAUUCCAGGGUUAGAAGAUUUCAGAAGCCCACCUAAAAAGGAUAUUGGUACAAACUAUGGCACAAUGCCAGUAUAAGUUAGACAUGAUUUUUGUGAAUAAAUGAAAAACAUGUAAUAACAUGUGUAUUUGUAGUAACACUGGUUAAUUUAUAUUUGAAUUAAAAGAAUAAAAAGCUUCAAAUAUUC